CUUCAACCGCUGAACCUCUGCAGCUACAGUACGAGUACUGUACCACCAACUAACCUUUCACUUGAAUCCUCAAAGGUUCUGAUUGUUGAAAGGCUUUGGAGACUACAGUGGCAUAGAAUGCUCUAGUAAUUCUAACAUAUCACCUUUCACCUUUCACCUUCCACUCCCUUCUCCUACCCUUUACCUUGGUCGCUCUUUUCAAUAGCUCUACUCCGAUUUUAGAGUUCCAGGCUGGGACUCUUCACUGCUUGCAGCACCUGGUCUCCCUCCGCGACCACCUAGAGACGCGCCAAACACCAUCAACAUAACCGACACCUCUACCUCUGAUGAUAUUAGGGCAUCUCAGUCAUAAGAGCCUACCAAACUAAUUAAUACACUAACGCCCUUCGAUGCGUCAAGCAACUGUGAGAGCUUUCCGCGGUGCGCGUCUAAGCUUAACCCUACCUCGGGAUGUCGCCCUUCGUCCUCGGAGCAGCUUCUUUCCUUCAACCACCUGCAACCAUGCACUGAGCAUCCGACAAGCUUCUGGACCUGGACCUCGGAAACCAAACUCAACACCCAGCCUGGACCCAACCCCAACUGGCCCCUCAUCAAUGUAUGUUAGAAGGUUCUCCGUCGCCGUACUCUCUGGACUGGUGGGAUUUGGAGCUUGGUAUGCGUACAAAGGACAAAACGGUAAGCCAGCUAGUGGUGGGCAAUCAGUUUCAACAACACAACAUACACAAUCAAUCUCUACCUCUACAACUCCCACGUAUACUUUUCCACAACCCGAAGCCCCUACCGAAACUGUGCAAAGAAAGGCAGUGAUAAUUGGAGCAGACGACCUCUACACCUCAUUACUCGAGGGUAACGAGCCGAUUACGAAAGAUACAGAUGAUUCGGGAAGAAAGGUCUUGGAAAUGUUGACUCCGGAUCAAUGCACCAACAAGUUACGUCGAAAUGAGGAAUCAUACUUAAUUGGUCGGGGCAAGGGCGUUGUGAGAUACGAUGUGGUUCAGAUACCAAGUAACGACCCAAUCGAGGAUGAUCACUCCGAGAAGAUUAUCGAAUUGCCAAUUGGCGCACCUUCUGCCGCAGACGUUUCUAGUGAUUGGAUGUUCUGGGGUGUGUUUGAUGGCCAUUCGUAUGUGUUGUGCAAAUUCAAUUUUCAAUUCAAUACUAACUAUUCGCAGAGGCUGGACCACAUCUGCGAAACUUCGACAAACAUUGAUUAGUUAUGUCGCGAGAGAAUUGAAUGAAACAUACAAACUGACUCGAAGCGGAUCACCCCUCGGUUCCCCUCCAAACGACGCGGUCGAGGCAGCUAUCAAGGCCGGAUUUACAAAACUCGAUGACGAGAUAGUACACGAAAGCGUGAAGAAGGUUCUCAAGGCCAAUUCAAAAUUGGUCGCAGCAGAGGUGUUAGGCCCAGCUUUGUCUGGAUCAUGCGCUCUUCUCUCAUUUUACGAUACCAACUCGAAGCUUCUACGAGUAGCAUGUACUGGUGACUCUCGAGCCGUUUUGGGUAGAAGAGGUGGAAGUGGAAAGUGGGUAGCCACACCUCUUUCCGUCGACCAAAGUGGUGGUAACCCUGAAGAAGAAGCAAGAAUGCGCAAACUUCAUCCCGGAGAAGACUACGUUAUCAGAAAUGGUCGCGUGCUAGGCGGUCUCGAGCCAACUCGUGCUUUUGGAGAUGCCAGCUACAAAUGGACCCGUGAGGUUUCCGAGAAGUUGAAGCGAUCUUUCUUUGGUAGAACUCCGUCGACAUUGAUUAAAACACCUCCAUAUGUCACGGCUGAACCUGUUGUCACGACUACCAAGAUUGAGCCUGGCAAUGGUGAUUUCGUUGUCAUGGCUACUGAUGGAUUAUGGGAAAUGCUUACGAAUGAGGAAGUGGUCGGUCUUGUUGGACAAUGGGUCGAGAAGCACUCCAAGGAAUCAGGUAGUAACUCUAGCUCUUGGAUCAACUUGUUUUCGCAGCAAAAUGGACUACCAGUUGAGUCGGGUCAAGCCAAGGUUGGAAAGGAUGGGCAAAAAGCACCUAUUAGACAGCAGCAAUGGGGAGUUACAGGCAGCGAGAAUCAGAGAUUUGUUGUGGAAGAUAAGAAUGUUGCUACACAUUUAGUUCGCAACGCGCUUGGAGGAAAGGAUACUGAGAUGCUUCGUGCAUUAUUGACUCUCCCAGCACCAUACUCUAGACGAUAUCGGUAAGUUUUGACAUCUGGCUUCAAUAAAUUAUUGCUAACGGUUUAUAGUGACGACUUGACAGUUGAGGUCAUCUUCUUUGGUAACAGCCGCAAGAGUGGUGAUGUGGUUAUCAACAAGGAAGCAAGUGCAUCGGCAAAAGAAAUCCAGUCCAAACUGUGAUUUGAUUGCAGCUUCUAUGAAAAGGCUGAAUGAUUGAGAUUUUGUCGCGAAUUGGCAUGUAUUUGGACUCAUCUGCAAAUGCAGUUUGCAUCUCUGAAGGUGGCAGCGAAGCC